CUUAGCGCGCAGCGGAAAAGCGGAAAACCGGGCCGGAUUCGCGCUCGAAUUUUUUUAUUAUUUUUUUUCGCCCUGCCGCCGCCUGUUGCCGCCAAUUGGUGUAAAUAAAGAAAAGCGAUUUUAGUGUGUGAAAUGUAUCGAAAAUGAAAGAGCUGCCGAAGAAGUGCGUGCCGAAGAAAGAGAGCGGCAAAAGGUGCCAAAUUAAGAAGUAAAACGAAAGCAGAAAGACGAAGAGAGAGGCGAAAGCAACAGCAACAAGUGGUCGAAAAUGUGCAAAUGACAAAUUGGUCAAACAAAAAAAACAGCUCCUGUUUCCCGCGCUCUCGCUCUCUCUCGCACACUCCCAGUCGCACCCUCUCCCUCGCACUCUCGCACGCACAUCCUCGUCAUUGGCCGUCUCGCUCGCACGCGGUGGGAACAGAAACAGAAGCAGGAACGGGAACAGCCGGCGGUCAAGUUCAAGUGGGGGCAGAAAUAGGAAGUGGGAACAGGAACGAGAAACAUGCGGAGGCCCGUUACGAAUUUGAAUCGGAAUCACUACUUUGUCAUCGGCCUGGUCCUGGGCCUCCUGCUCAGCUUCUACAUUCCGCAGGACAUUUGGGAGCUGGUGCAGCAGGAGGAGUGUCCCCAGGAGGCCGCCGAGAAUCUGCUGAUCGAGCGAUUCGGCCAGGAGUUCGAGCCCCAUUUGAACCUCAUCAACAAGCCGCUGGCGGCCAAAAAGCCGGUGAAAAAUGUGAUUCGCCCGCGCUACUACUCCUCGGAGCUGGGGAUCCGCGAGAAGCUCUUCAUCGGGGUGAUGACCUCGCAGGAGCACAUCAACACCUUUGCGACGGCCUUCAACCGCACCACCGCCCACCUGGUGAACAAGAUCAAGUUCUUCAUCUACGCGGACAGCGUGAAGACCAACUACAAGCUGAAGAACAUCGUGGGCUUCACGGACACGCGGGAGAGCCGCCGUCCCUUCCAUGUGGUCAAGUACAUAGCGGAUAAUUAUCUGGACGAGUACGACUACUUCCUGCUGGUCCCAGACACCGUCUACGUGGAUGCCCGCAAGCUGGUGAAGCUGCUCUACCACAUGAGCAUCACCUUUGACCUCUACAUGGGUGGUGCCCGCAUUGGGUUGGAUCCUCCGCCCGGUGGCAACAGUGCCUCGAUGGACGACCAGCCGCCGGAGGAUGAGGCUCCCGGGGCCAGCGAUCGCAACUACUGCUCCCUGGAGGCGGGCAUCCUGCUCAGCAGCAGCGUCAUCCGCAAGAUGCGCAACAACCUGGAGCGCUGCGUCCGCAUCGGAAGCACCAGCGACCACAGCGUCAACAUCGGGCGGUGCGUCAAGUACGCCAGUCGGGUGGCCGGAUGCCAGGAGAGCUUUCAGGGCAUGCGGCAAUAUAGCUACGCCUUGGAUGCGCCGGGCCGCCGUCAUCGCGACUUCAGCGAAUUGGCCAAGGAGGAGGCCUUCCGCAAUGCCAGCACCGUGUAUCCCGUCCAGAUGCCAGAGGACUUCUACCGCCUGCACGCCUACUACUCCAAGCACCACCUGGAGAAGGUGCAGGAGCGUGGCUAUGCGCUGGAGCAGAAGUCGUACCGCAUCGCCAACGGGAGCAUCUCGAACAAGAUCCUGGAGAUCCGCUGGCCGCUGGGCGUGCCGCCGCCGAGUGCGCCGGAGACGCGCCACGACAUCCUCACGUGGCAGCUGCUGAACGGGACGCACAGCUUCCUGCCGCACGGCAAUGCGGAGCACGCGGUGGCCCCGCUGUCGCGGAUCGAGGCACUGGACUUUGCCAAGGUCCUGGAGAUAGCCCUGCAGUAUGCGUCGCUCAAGCAUCCGCGGCUCAGCUACCACAGCCUGCACAGUGCCUACAGAAAGUUCGAUGCCACGCGGGGCAUGGACUACCAGCUGCAUCUCAGCCUGCAGGAGGGUUCGGGCCGGAGUCGCCGGCUGGUGGUCAAGAGCUUCGAGGUGGUGAAGCCCCUGGGUCGCGUGGAGGUGGUUCCCUCGCCAUAUGUGACGGAGAGCACGCGGAUUGCCAUGUUGGUGCCCGCCUUUGAGCAUCAAGUGCCGGAUGCUGUGCAGUUUGUGGAGCAGUACGAAAGGAUAUGCAUGCAGAACCAGGACAACACCUUCCUGCUGCUGAUCUUCAUGUACCGCCUAGAUUCGCCCAGCAAGGGCGACGAGGAUCCCUUUAAGGCUCUGAAGACGCUGGCCCUGGAUUUGUCCUCCAAGUACAAGACGGACGGCUCGAGGAUCGCCUGGGUGUCCAUCCGUCUGCCGGAGCAGCUGAGCGAACCGGUGGACUCGCAGGCCUGGCUGCUCCACGCCUCCAUGUACGGCCCACGCCAGCUGCUCAGCCUGGUGGUGGCGGAUUUGGCCCUGCCCAAGCUGGGCCUCGAAUCCCUCGUCCUGCUGGCCACGCCCGGCAUGCUCUUCAAGGCCGACUUCCUCAAUCGCGUGCGCAUGAACACGAUCCAGGGCUUCCAGGUGUACGCACCGAUCGGCUUCCAAAUGUACCCCUGCCGCUGGGCGCAGUUCUGCCGCGAGUGCGACACCUGCGACGUCAGCCAGAGCAGCGGGUACUUCGAUCGCCACAACCACGACGUGAUCGCCUUCUACAGCCGGGAUUAUGUCCAGGCCCGCAAGCUGCUGCAUCCGCAGGGACUGCCGAUCAUCCGCAGCGACCUGGACAUCGACCAGCUGCUGCUGCAGUCCGGCGGCGAGGAGAGGCGGCCGGCGGGCGUGGAGAGCAUCCUGGACAUGUUCGUGGCGGCGCAGCACUCGGUGCACAUACUGCGCGGCGUGGAGCCGAAUCUGCGCUUCGGCCAGGAUGUGCGGAACCACCUGGCCCGCGGAGGAUCCCUGCCGGACAGCCAGCCGGAGCAGUGCGGCCGGGAGCAGUGCAUCCAUUUGGCGUCCCGCAAGCAGAUCGGCGACGCCAUCAUUCGCUACGAGGACAAAAGUAUUCUGCACAAAUAGUAAAUAGUUAAAAGCAGGGAUCCCUGCUGGAAUUCAGCUGCUGCUCCUGCCUGUAAUAUCAUCAGUUCCUUUUUAAAAUAUUUCCAUGUGUGACUGAAGUGAACGAAGUGAAUGACUGCGACUGCGACUGCAUGUGUCGAAUAGAUCUUAUACAGGACUAAUGCCAACUCUUAUACUCGCACCCAAAAAAAGGGAAACUUUGGGACCCACGUAUAUAGGUAAACCUGUAGCGGACCUAUCUCAAUCACCACUUAGUGUUUAGGCCUAGGCAAUUCCCGUUGUUGCUUGCUUUAAAGUGAAACUUUCAAUGCUCAAAAUGGUAGACAGCAAUUAGUCAGUAGUUAAAUGUAGGAACAAAAUGUAGGGGCCAUUCAACAGACAUUCGAUUUUCAGCUUUCAAUUUGUCAAUUUUCGCAUGUAAAUACUACACAUAUCUCUAUUAGUGUUUCCUAUUGACUCCUAUUUAAAUGACUAGUUAAGCUAAGUGUUAUAGCGCCUAAGUGAAACGAACGAUGUGGCUGUACGACAAAAUAACCAGAUGCCGCCUUGCCUCAAAGUGUUACAAUCCCUAUAAAUGGGCUCUCUCAAAAAAC